UUUUUGUGUUAUUUAUCUUAUACUUAACUUUGUGCUCAAUCGGCUGACUUCGAGAUGGUUCUAAAACCGAACAAGAUGUAUGUCUUCAAGCGAGAUGGCCGUAAGGAGGAAGUGCAUCUGGAUAAAAUAACUUCUCGAAUUCAGAAGCUUUGCUAUGGGCUGAACAUGGAUUUCGUUGAUCCGGUUGCUAUAACACUGAGGGUCAUCAACGGGCUCUACUCAGGUGUAACGACUCAGGAACUCGACAAUUUGGCUGCUGAAACGGCCGCUACCUUGACGACUGAUCAUGCUGAUUAUGCGAUCUUGGCAGCUCGCCUGGCGGUUUCCAACCUGCAUAAAGAAACAAAGAAGCAGUUUUCUGAGGUUAUGCACGAUCUGUACAUGAUGGAGAACGAGUUCUUGAAAACGAAGUCUCCUAUGAUUUCGGACUUUCAUUACAAGGUGAUAAUGGAUAAUGCGGACCGUCUGAAUUCGGCUAUUAUUUAUGAUCGUGAUUUCGGAUACAACUACUUCGGCUUCAAAACAUUGGAACGGUCCUACUUGUUGAAGAUCAAGGGUAAGAUUGCGGAGCGGCCGCAACACAUGUUGAUGCGCGUUGCAAUUGGCAUUCACGGUGAAAACAUCGAUGCCGCCAUCGAGACUUACAAUCUGCUUUCGGAGCGCUACUUUACCCAUGCCUCACCGACCAUGUUUGCGGCCGCAACGCAGCGUCCGCAGCUAUCGUCCUGCUUUUUGCUUACCAUGUCGGAGGACAGUAUCGAGGGUAUCUACGAUACGUUGAAACAGUGUGCCCUUAUUUCGAAAUCAGCUGGCGGUAUUGGGCUUAAUGUGCACUGCAUCCGAGCCAAAGGAACGUACAUCUCCGGCACGAACGGAAUUUCAAACGGGUUGGUGCCAAUGCUGCGCGUUUACAACAAUACCGCCCGGUACGUGGACCAGGGUGGCAACAAACGACCCGGUGCCUUUGCCAUUUACCUCGAACCAUGGCAUGGAGAUAUGUUCGAGUUUCUGGAUCUGAAGAAAAACACCGGCAAAGAGGAGGUGCGUGCCCGCGACAUGUUUUACGCACUUUGGAUUCCGGAUCUGUUCAUGCAGCGGGUUGAGGCGAACGAAAUGUGGAGCCUAAUGUGUCCCCACGACUGUCCCGGGCUGGCUGACACUUGGGGCGAGGAGUUCGAGAAGCUGUACACGGGCUACGAGAAGGAGGGUCGGUUCAUAAGACAGGUGAAGGCACAGGAUCUGUGGUUUGCAAUCAUCGAAUCGCAGGUGGAAACGGGCGUGCCGUACAUGCUGUACAAGGAUGCUUGCAACCGUAAGAGCAAUCAGCAAAACAUUGGCACCAUUAAGUGUUCUAACUUGUGCACCGAGAUUGUGGAGUACUCGUCGAAAGAUGAAAUAGCGGUGUGCAAUCUGGCCUCGAUUGCGUUAAACAUGUUUGUGAAGCCGGACAAGUCGUACGACUUUGCAAAGCUGAAGGAUGUAGCCAAGAUUGUGACGCGCAAUCUGAACAAGAUAAUCGACAUUAACUACUACCCGGUGCCAGAGGCGAAGCGCUCCAACAUGCGCCACAGGCCGAUCGGUAUCGGUGUCCAGGGCAUGGCAGAUGCGUUCAUUUUGAUGCGCUAUCCGUAUGAAAGUGAAGAGGCCCAAAAACUGAACCAACAAAUAUUUGAAACCAUCUACUAUGGAGCGCUGGAAGCUAGCUGCGAGCUGGCCGCUCGCGACGGACCGUAUGAAACGUAUGAAGGGUGUCCGGUGAGCAAAGGCAUACUGCAGUACGAAAUGUGGAACAAGGAACCGACGGAUCUUUGGAAUUGGGCCGAGUUGAAGGAGAAAAUUGCAAAGCACGGCAUCCGCAAUUCUCUACUGUUGGCACCUAUGCCGACUGCUUCGACCGCGCAAAUCUUGGGUAACAACGAGUCUUUCGAGCCGUACACGUCCAACGUUUACAAUCGGCGUGUACUGUCCGGCGAGUUCCAGGUGGUGAAUCAUCACCUGCUUCAAGAUUUGACUGCGAUGGGUUUGUGGGAUUUGGAUAUGAAGAAUGAAAUUUUGUCCAACAAUGGAUCAAUUCAAAACAUUGACUCGAUACCGAAGGAAAUACGCGACCUCUACAAAACGGUGUGGGAAAUAUCGGUGAAGACGUGCAUCAAAAUGGCAGCCGAUCGGGGUGCAUUUAUCGAUCAGUCGCAAUCGUUCAACAUACACGUGGCCGAACCAAACUAUGGCAAGCUGACAUCGAUCCAUUUUUACGGCUGGAAAAUGGGACUGAAAACCGGCAUGUACUAUUUGCGAACGAAGCCUGCCGUUAAUGCCAUCCAGUUUACGGUGGACAAAACGAAGCUGCAAAACGCCAACGAGACAAAUGUCAGCCGUAUAUCGAACGGGGUGGGUGGUACACCGCCACGGAAUGGGCAAAUGCGAUACUCACUUUUGAACGGAAGUACCAGCACGCCCACGCGUAAUGAGCACCACGUAUCUAAUGGAUUGAUUGAGCAGCAGGAGCAACAGCAGCAGCAACAGGAACUAUCUCAAACGAACGGCUCAUUUGCGGAAAGGAACCGACGUAUGGCUGAGAUGGUGUGCUCGCUGGAAAAUAAGGAUGAGUGUAUGAUGUGCGGAUCGUAGAUCGAUCGUAGAAAGAUUGUCUUUCAUUCAUUUUACAUCUUUACUACAUAUAUUUAGUUAGCUAAAGUUUACAUGGAAGGUUUUGAAUAAAACAUGAAUCAAUCAGUUAUA